ACGAGCUUGCCAUCUUCGCCUGGGUUCACGGCGUCGUGUGGCGAACAGCGCAGGGCUUCGCAGUCCUGUCGGUGCUCUUCUUCCUCGUAGUGCUGCCCGUUGAGCGCUUGGCCUCCCACGAGGUCCACUUGCAUCCUCGAGCGGUCGGUGGCGGUAUCUCUGCUCGCGAGCAGCUCAAGCGGCGCGGAUCCUUUUAACGGGCGAGGAAACACUAUGUUGACAUGGUCACACCUAAUGGGCUGAUGCGCAUAUUCUGGCCCUCCGAUGCAACUAAAGGGCGCACACCCGGUGUGCUGGUAGGCUUCCGGAAUUCGGAGCUUGAUGUGAUCGUUGUAGCCGUGCUGCAAGACGUGGGGUUGCACGAGGUCGAAAAUGCGCUGCAGGUUGGCACACUGCUGCGCUCUCAGCCUCAUGACGUCCAGGAGCUUCUCAAGCUCUGUCAUCACUCGUCAUUGCGCGCUCUUGGACACAUGAAUCCUCAAGCACCGCCAGAGCACUUCGACCCACUCCACUUGGCUGCUCGUUUCGAACCUGGUACCCGCCUACCACGCCUACACUGCCCCGCCAAUGCGCACAUGACCCUGCAGGUCAUCGUCUACGAUCGCCCGCAUCCCAAGUACAUGCAAUAUCUGUCCUUGAGUCCGAUCACGCUUGCACUAGGUGACAAAGUGGAAGGUGGAAAAUGGGACCCCGCUUUCGAGGGCAUUGAAGAGGAAGAGGAGAGUGAGCGCAGAAGAAAUGCAGACUUAGUGAAGAAGCUGGAGCUUCAUAGUGUCAUAACCCAUUCGGCAACACAAAAGGAGCUCCAGCUUCCCGUGCUCAUCGAUCAGAUCAACUGCUCCUUCGAGCUGAACGCUGUUCUGCAGAAGAACAUCGGUGUUCUCGGGCGACGAAAGAAACGAGCGCAGAGUGUCAAUGAGCGGGUGGUCGAGUCUGCCAACGCUGUGUGGGACCUUGUCUAUAUGGCCCUCGGCCAUCUAUGGUGGGUGUGGACGUACCCCUUCAUCGCACAAAUAGUCAUCCUCGUCUUGAUGGCUCAACGAGUCACUAGUGAAUUGGUCUUGCGAGCUCUGAAUUGGCGACCGCGCUCUAUGAACAGCCCUGCCCUAAAGGAUGUAUCUGCAACCGCCCAACAGGUUGACAUACGUCUUCAGCAACUUUGCUAUUGGCCCAUUCAGUUCAUGACACUGCGAAAGCGCAAAGAAAACUGGGGAAGCAUUACCAACAGCCAUCCCGAGUACAUUAGGUUCUAUAACAGCCUAUGGCUGGUUGCUAACGAUGUCAUUAUUGGCGUCGCUCUGGGCUCUUUCAUAUUCGACAAUGCUCACUUCGUUGCGGCUCAAUUCGACAUGGUCUUCCAUGAGUGGUCGAUUCAAGGUCUGCGGCGCAUGAUUGUCUGGCUUUCGGAAUGGCCUGGGGGUUUGAAACUCAACACAGAACUUGCAGACUUCUUGGGUGAUUUAUUCAUCUGGGUCAUCGAUUAUUGGGCUGGAUGCAUUGGUGUCUUGCGACCCCACCUUCCCUCGUUCAUUCGAUUAGUAGGACUUUCCGCGUUCGCGGGUGCUACUAUGCCCAUCUCUCUAUUCUCCGACCUAACGUCACUGCUCACACUUCAUAUCUACUCAUUCUACGUCGCAUCGGCUCGAAUUUUCCAUUGGCAGCUCACUGUCCUCUUGUCGCUCUUCCACCUAUUCCGGGGUAAGAAGCGGAACGUGUUACGGAACCGAAUUGAUUCAUGCGAUUACGACUUGGACCAGCUACUUCUGGGGACGAUUCUCUUCACCUUGCUUUUCUUUCUGCUCCCUACAGUGCUUGUCUUUUACUUGCUGUUCGCAUCCGCGAGAGUGGGUGUCAUUGGUUUGAAGGCAAUUCUGGAAAUUGGUUUGGGGUGCCUCAACCACUUUCCACUGUUUGCAAUCACUCUCCGAAUCAAGGACUCGAGACGAUUACCUGGAGGCAUCUGCUUUGAGCUGCAAGACCCAAAAAGCAUGCAAUUGCAGACUACAGUUACAUCACCUGCAUCGCCCGUUUCGUACAUAUUCUUGAAGUCUGUACCACUUUCUUUCGGACAGAUUUUUCAGUCAUACUUCGAGCUGGGUGACCGCAUACGCAAACACUACUUUUCGGCAAGCGUCUUGCUCUGCCUUGUAUAUGGUGACUCUGUUCCUCCGAUCCACAGACGCAACUUGUACAGUCUGCAGUAUAGUAUGCUGCCGGCUAAAAGAAUGGAAAUUUCACAGCUGUGGUUGCGGCUUGCUGGGCACGAAUCUCCAGGCCUUGAUCGACCGAACUAUAAUCUUAAGCUACGGAAAGGUUUACCGAAUGGUGUAGGGAAGAGAGGCAGUAAUUAACAAAAGGAACAAUGUAACCGGGUUUUCCAUUGUCCUUGGUCCCAAAACGAAGGUCUCUCCUUAGACUAGACAGUUAUCCCUGCAUCGCACCACUCUGCGCAAGCUCACUGACGGGCAAUAAGUGCAUCGGACCGGAGACGGCGGCGCCUGAUCGUGUGCAUGGUCCGGGUGGGCCAUGGGGAGAUCCGAACGACUGGCUCGUAAUAUCGGCAUAGCUGGACAACCAGACCACGCAAACAAGCCCAG